UGAGGGGUUCAUUAAAAGGAUCCCCAUCACAUUUAGUGAAGGGUAAUGAAUUGAGGGACUCCCAUCUACAAUUCACAUCCUCUAAUCCCUGGCUUUCCUCUCUUUAAACUCCUUUUAAAGCUUAAUAAACAAAACCCACCCUCUCAACCACCUUAAGCAAUAGACAAACUGCCCACCUCCCCCAAAGCGAAACCUAAAAAGAGUGAAAAACAGCCCACUCUAUCCCAAACCCAAACCCUGCCACUGCAAAGAAACGAAAAAUCCCAGCUUUUGCUGUUCCUCCUUUAAUCACUAUCCCCUUCCUUCAAAACAAACCCCCCAAAAGACCCACACCGACCAGACAAGAAAGAAAAACAGGAAAAAAAAAUCGUUUGUUUGUUUCUUUCAGUGUUUUCAACUUUCAAGUGUUCAAAAUUGAAUCUUUGGAAAGAGAAAAAAUCUGAUCUUUUAAGCGCUAUCAAAUGUGGUGGCCGUGGGGUAACAAAAAAACGCCGGUGCGGAUUCAUGACUCGUCAUCCUCUUUCUCUUGCUCUUCCUUCAAAGAUAUCCAACGCCUUUGCGCAGAGGAUUCUUCUUCUGCUAUCUCAUUCGCUGCCAAAAGAACCGCCAAUGUCUUCCACCGUGUCCGAAUCGCCAACUCCCUUAUCCGUUCCUGGGCCCCCACCCGCUCCGAGUCGCGGACCGAAACCAAUGGGAAAAUCUUGGAUUCGGUUACGGAUCGCUCCAUUUCAAUCCCGGACGCCGACAAGCAAAUUGUGGUUUACUUCACGAGCCUCCGCGUGGUUCGAUCGACAUUUGAGGACUGCAAGACCGUUCGAUCGAUCCUCCGAGGAUUCCGAGUCUCGAUCGACGAACGAGAUCUGUCGAUGGACUCUGGGUUCUUAAACGAAUUACAAGGGAUCCUCGGUAAAAGGAAGUUGACUUUGCCGAGGGUUUUCAUUGGAGGGAGAUACAUGGGAGGGGCAGAGGAGAUCAAACAGCUACACGAGACAGGCGAGCUCAAGAUGUUCGUGGAAGGAUUGCCUGCAGCUGAACCCGGCACCUGUGACGUUUGCGGCGGUUACAGGUUCGUCCUGUGCAACGAAUGUAAUGGUAGCCGUAAAUUGUACACUGAAAAAUCUGGUUUCAAGACUUGUACGGCCUGCAACGAAAAUGGCCUAAUCAGGUGCCUUUCUUGCUCCUGUGCACCCCUCUGAAAACAACUUUCUUUUUUACUAUAAAAGGGAAAAUUUUGGGUUGAUUAAUUGUAGUUUUUGGUUUUUGUUUUUAAUUUUUUUGGGGGUAAGUGGGUGUUGAAAGAAUGUGGAGGCCCAAGCAACGGAUUUGUUGCUUUAAGGUUGUAAGAGCUGACCUUUUUUUUUUUUUUUACUUUGUAGCUUUAGGUAGUGAACAUUGAAAAGGAAUAUAGUAGGAUUUAGCAGUCUUAAGCUUGUGUAACUGUAAUUGUACUGUUAAUGGGUAGAUUUUUUUUUUCUAUGGAUGAUGAACAAAUAAUUUGUUAAGGUUUUCUGUUGUAUUUGCUGUUGAUAUACUUGAU